CCUAAGCGUGGCACUGGCUCUUUCCCUCAUCUCACCGGUUUGUCUACGUCCUGAACAACUAUAUAAACCCUCUCAAUUCUCGGUCCUUAUCUGCCUUGUAAUCUUCCGAAGUCUAAAUCUGCCACUUAUAUCUUCAAGAAGCCGCAAUCAUGACUCGAGGCAACCAAAGAGAAAAGGCUCGUGAGAAGAAUCUCAAAGAGCAGGCUGGAUCGAAGAAGAAGAAUACACAAUCGGGAACCGAAUUUCAGCGGACGAAGGAGCAACAGGCUGAAAUCAUGCGUCAAAAGCAGGCACAAGCCGAAGCCAAACGGGCUCAAGAAGCAGCCGCGAAAAAGUGACCCUGAAGCCCAUGCUGUCUUACACUGAGCAGCAUCGACACAGUUGGCUUCAAGCACAGGACGAGUCUCCGAUUCGUGCUCGAGGCCACCAUGAACGGGAUUAGCAAGGAGUUUGUUGGAGUCCCAUUUCCAUGAAAACCAUAGCGACACUCGGAGUCUAGAGCUGGAUACAUUCGCGAGCCUCAAUCACAAGCGAGAGCUGAAUACUAGACCCAUUCGACUUUGCAC